AGUGACCGAGUGACAGGAUGCUGCGGCUGCAUGUGCUGAGCUCGGCAACAAGGCGGUGUGUGACUGGAUGGCUGGGUGUGGACGCAGGAGGGGCAGCGCGGACAAGCUGGCUGACGCGCAACGCACUGGUCGCCAGGAGCAUGGCGGCCACGCCGCCUGGCGAGGGAGAAGAGUACAUGGACAUGAACACGUACCACGCAGUGGCCGACGAGACACUGGAGAUGGUUCAAGAAGCCAUCGAGACUGUGUGCGAUGAGCUCGGGCUGGCUGAUGUCGACUCAGCGCUCUCGCAAGGCGUGCUGAACGUGGCCUUUGAAGACGGUGAUGCCGUCUUUGUCCUUAACAAGCAGACGCCCAACCAACAGAUCUGGCUCUCCUCACCCAUCUCUGGGCCCAUGCGGUUCAACUACGACGUCGACGCCGCUCUCUGGCGCCACUGGCGGACCGGCCACGAGUUGGCCAACCUCCUCCGCCAAGAGUUCUCCCAACUUGCUUCCCAGUCGGCCGGCAAGGACGUCAUUGUUGACCUUGAUCUUGGCGAUCUCCACACCCACCACCUGAUCUAACCCAUCCACCCCGUCCACCCCUCCCACCCUGCCCACGCUCGCUCGCCCGUCCCGAUCCCUCCGAUCGCCCGCACGCCAAUCCCCC